AUGGGUCCACUUAUCUCCGGGCUUGCUGACGCAGUUGCUGACCUAGUGACCUUUUCGGCUUUUCUCUUCCCACUUGCGCCUCCCCCGCCCCUAUAUAUUAUUCAGUUUUUGUACAGCACACUCAAGAUCAAUCACUCCUCUGAACCUAUUCUCAUCUCUUCGCUUUGCCUUUGCCUUUGCCUUUGCCGAUCAUUUGUUCCCGAAAUGGAUCUUCAAGAUGCCAUUGCUAUGGCUCUGGAAUUUGUGUUGGAAACUGAGAGGCGAAGGAAAAAGCAGUUGGAACAUGCACUGGCCGAGAAACGAAGGGAACGUUCGAUGCUCGCGAGAAAGAAGCACCGCCUGCUGCGAAAGAAAGCGGCCGAGCAAAAAUUGUUCGACGAUUUCAUGGUAUUCAUUGGCGCAAUUGAGAAUAACGAUCGCCAGAUCUUCCAGAAUUUUGAUGAAAACGAAAUGAUGAAUGCUGUUGUAGCUAUCUUGACCGGUAAUGACGAUAAAAAUGGAGACUUUUCCGAUGAUAAUGGUCAAAGAAAGGAUUGAUAAGGAGCUUCAGAAUGCUCAGAAUCUCGGUUAUAUUCAGGGUACAAUUAGUGACGGCAAUAGUCGAAGUGGUAAC